GCUUUUUCAUUUUUUUUUCUCAACAUCAGUAUCUAAAAUCCAUCGUUCGAAUAUUUUCGCAUGCAGGACUGUUAUCUUGCCAGAUCACAGAUUUUGCAGAAUUUUGCUAAAUCUGACGAAAUUUAGUCAAAUUUAGUUCGGCGAAUUUACGAUUUAAUAAAAUCUGAAUUUAUACCGAGCAUAUAAUUCUGUCAUAAACAUAUAAACAGAUAAAUUAUUGUAAUAAUUAUAAGGUUUUAAGAUUAUUCUCAUGCUGUUAGGUUAUGCUACUUGAAAUAAAAGUGUUUAAUUUGUUAUUGAUUCGUAUUAUUAUCUUAUUUUUUAGACACGAAUGUGAGUUUGUCUCACGUCUCUUCUUAGAUCGAAGCAUAUUAAAUUUUUGUAAUAAAGUCGUAAUCAAGUUCGUAAACUCAUCUACCAGAGUUUGAUGGAACCAUUGAGAAGUUGUUGAGAGCAAAUUAUAGUAGAUGUCAGUAAGUUCCCGCAUUGCGAUCUUAAAAUAAUUUUUAAUAUGAAAAAUUUUAUUUUUUCUGAAUUAUUUGCAAGAAUCUCUAUAACGGGGCUCUCCUGUUCUUGUUACACUUUUAUUAUUUCUUUAGAGGCAAUAACUCAGAUAUCUUUAAAUUUCAUGCUUUAAUGUUUUGUAUUAAUGUUAUAUUAAUUUAAUAUUCUAUCAAAUAUUGUACAUAAAAAUAUUAUAUUCCGAUAAAAAAUAAUGUAUAAGAUUCUACAUGAUUCGCACAAACUGCUUGCAGAAUACUACGAUAUCGACAUUGAGUUAUCAACAGCUGCAAUGAACUGUUUCUGUCUCUAAGAAAGAUAAACUGCACUUUACAAACUGCAUUUGAUAAUUGCUAAUUGUUAAUAGAAUAUAAUUAAAUAAGUUCAGCUUUUAUUGAUAAAUGUUACUUGUUUCUAAAACCUUUUCUGUUUAAGGAAAGAAAAUGCCAUAUUGUUGAACAUAUUCAUAUAAUACCUGUUAUAUUCUCCAACACAUUUAUGGUUUCCUACCUUUUUCCUUUAUCUUUAGCAUCAUCAAAAUAAAUCAAGUUUUUGUGAAAUGACAAUUUAGAAGACAUGAACUUUUCAUGUAUAUGAUAUAAAAUAUUGUACAAUAAAUACAUUUACUAUUUUUAUAUUAUAUUUAUAUUUUAUACAUGUACUAUUUUUCCAAUAUGGAUAAUUACAAAUCUGAAUAUAACGUGCUAAUUUGUAAGGAUAAUCUAUGUUUCGUCAAAGAUAAUGUUUUAUAUUUUUAAAUUAUUUGUGUUGUGAAUCGUUUUCAUUCUUUGCAAUAUUUGAAGCGAAAGAAUGGCGCGUAAUAUGCGCGAUCACAUGUUUCUCAUACUACACAGAGAUGCAUCGAAACUGUUACGCAUACGAUGCAAAAAUUUAGUGGUGCGCUUUCAUGUAUUUGAAAACGUAAAGUUCAUUUAUUUAUAUCAUAUCGUCGAUCUCUUUCCGAUUAAAUUUUUCAUACUUCUGAUGAAACAUUUCCGUCCACUAAUUAUCGAAUAUUUCUACACCGAUUUUGUACACGGAGUGUCAAUACGAUAAGUUUACGGGUGGUGAUGCGUAAGGGUGGAAACAGCGACGACGAGCGCGGCGCGUCGUAUGUUUCCGUGAACGCUCGUACGGCUGCCUCUUUGUGUUCGGGUGGCGGCAAGAUGGCGCUCGAUCUUUGCGGCCGCGCGAUUGGUCGAUCGGGCUGCGCCGCCAGUCUCCCGAGAGCAGUCGCUACCACGACCUCGCAGCGGACUGACUCGUCGCCGUCGUCGUCGUCGUCGUCGCCUCCCGACGUAAGGGAGAGGGUAAAACGAAAAACAAAACACGCUCGCGACGGCGGGUGUAAUGGCCACUGUGCGGCUCGCGGAAUAGAGAAGACCGUGCCUCAUCCUCGUCGUCGUUGUUGAGAUUGCGUCUACGUACUCGGCGUGCGGAAAACCGCGGCCCCUUUAAUCGCGCGGAUCGUCUCGCCGUUGCACGGUGGUCGUGGUUCAUCUCGAAUCGCACGCGCGCCUUUCCUCGGGCAGCUUUUCUUUCUCGGUUUCGCGGUGCAGUGCGUGCACAGUGCCAGCGGGAGCGGGAGCAGCCAGUGUGUACCAACCACCGCCUCAUAUAUGUGUGCGGCCCGUCGCCGAGUGUGCGUUGUCGCGCCGCCGCCGCCGUCGCUCGUCGGAUCCCUCGGUCGCCGCGAACGGUGGAUUUACCAGGCGCGGCGUCGUCUCCCCUAGGCGCUGGAUUCGGACUCGCCGUCCGUCCCUCCCUCCCCGCCCGCCCGCCGACGAUCCAUCGGCCUUGACGCAUCAUCGAUAUCGGCCUUUCCACUCGGAUACUCAACUCGCGCCUCCACACCUUGCGUUUGGUCCAAAGGCGCGGAAUAAUCCGGAGCAACGACUCGCUCGCCUCGCCUCCUCCACAGAGGAAAACAAUCCCCCGUUAUUAGACGAGCGGCGAACAGCACGCGACCGUAAUAAGGGAAAUCGCCGACGCGAAAGAAACGUGCCCGGCGUAGCAUCAUCCGAGAGGAGCCCGGGAGGAACGGAUGACUACCAGUGAAGCACGCCCGCGUCCCAAUUAAAGAAAUGGAUACGGUAAUUACGGGGUCGCGCCGGCAGCGAGGAAUACGGGCCAAUUCGGCGCGUUAAAUGCUCCCCCGGGGAUUCACGUUCUGGCCGAGGCUCUCGCGGAUCUGGGAUGGCUUCGUGCAGAAGCGGCAGCAUCAACAGCAGCGAUAUCGGAUCAAACUCGGUUAACAAACCCGGUGUCGUUGUCGCCGCCGUGUCGAUCGCGCAAGUAGAUAGAUUUUAAAUCGAGUCAACCGCCGGAACACAACGGCGCAACGAAGUUAGCACGGCGAAAUAAUCCGGAGUGGCUAUCGGUCGCGUAAUUCCGCGCAUAAUGGAAGCGCGUGGGGUAGGACCGAGGUAGUGGACCGAGGGUGGUGGAUGUCGCAUAAGAAGAAAUUGGAUCCUGUCUCAUCCUACGCGUCGUCUAAUCGCCUGAUAAAUCGCGCGGUUAUCACGAGGGAACUCGCGACUGGCGCGAGUCACGAAGAUGUAGAUACAAGCAGACGCUCUUUAUCCCUCACCUUUCCCCGUUCGAGAGCUCUCGUGCACGCGUCGAAGAUAUAUCCACGAGAGGACAGAUCGACGCGAAAGCACUGCCAGAUAAAAUAUAACCCGACCCGUUAACGUCGCAGGGAAACCACGCCGGAUGUCACGACCGCGAAGAACGACGCGGUGAGAAGAUAGAAGGGAACAGCCGACGAUUUCAGGAAUGUGACACGCGACACGGAAUUUCGCAAGGGAAGAGAGAUUAGUAUUCCUGAAUAGAAACUGCCGGGCAAGAAGAAAAUAAGAAUCUGCGAGGAUAGUAGGUCGGCGGCGGAUACUCGUUGUGAUAAGUGGCCUUACGAUCUCGCAUUCUCGUCUCGUCGUCGUCGUCCUCGUUCCGAUCACGAAGCGGCAUUGACCUGUUAUGGAAUGAACCGAUGCCCGUACGGGGCAUUUAGGCGAUCAUCCUCCCCGACGAGAUUCGGUCGAACGUCAUGACCCCGACGAUGCGGUUGUUCCUACUCGUCCUGCUGGCCGUGCAGUCCUCUCUGACCGUCUGCUCGGCGAGCGGCGACGGCGGGCCCAACAGCCCGCUCUUCAAUCUCGACCACACUGCCCUAGAGAAGAAUCUGGCGGCGAUUUUCAACAAGGUGGCGCAUAGCUCCGCGACCACGAAGCGCAGCGUACCGGCGUACGACGCCCAGGUAUCAGCCAGUACGACGUUGUCGACGGUGCCGUCGCCGUUAACUACAAGCACGAUCACCACUACCACGACGACAACUGCCAAUCCAUCGAUACCCGCAGCUAGGUAUCCGGCGGCGCCGCGAGCCACGGCGUCACCCAUAUUCCGCGAUCUACCGUCAUACGCGCCACCGUCCAGGGCGCUGUUCACGCCACCCCUGCCGCCGGAGUACUUGCAUCCAUUUGCCGACAAGCCCACGUUGAGGGGUACCAAUUCGGACGUGCACGCCGGCAACAGGAGGCCGAUACCGCCGCCCAGUCUGACGCCGGCGCAUGAACGGAUACCCAUUCGACCGCCGGAUCUACCUCAGAACCCCUCCCAAGUACCAGAAAUGCAUUCUCACUCGAGGAACAAGCCAGACCGGGACCGGGAGCAAAGGCCCGCCGAGUCCAGUGAGGUCGAGCGAAGGAACAGCACGAACGACACGUUUGUGACUCUCCACUACCCGAGCAUCUCGCGCAUUCUGUCCGGUAGCAACGGUCGGAAGCAAGACAUUCCCGACAUAUUGUUGAAGCCGUUAGCUACGAAGAGUCCGUUAUCAAAUGUUCCACCGGCGCCGACGACCGACAGGACAACGUUGACAUCGAGCACCGCCACACCGAGAACGCCCAGUAGUACCGCGGAUCCGUCAAAGUACGCCGUCACGCAGCCGACCAUCUUCAAUCUGCCAAACACCGGUCGGCAGGACGACGAUGGCUACCACCACGGUCUUAAGAAUGGAAACGGUUUGAAGAUGGACGAGAUCGAGAUCGUGGACACGGAGCGGCUGCCGUAUCCACAGGCGCAGCCGCCAGCGCCGACGUCGAAGCGACCAGCGAGCGUCGACGGCAGCAGCGACGACGAUCAUGACCGCUUGGUGCCGCACAUCGACACGCAGCACUCGGACGAAUCCAUGUGGCGGAUUGCUUGGUCGCUGCACGUGUAUGCCGCGGCGAUCAUGUUCACGCUGCUGGCGCUAUACUCGAUCUACAAGAUUGUACGCUUCAACGAGGCGACGAAUCUGCUCACGCAGUUGUACUUCCUAGCCGUGCACCUGCUGCUGACUACCGUCUGCACGUUAAGGUGCUUCCACCUGUUCUACGAUGCCUACAACGUCGGCCACUCACUGCCGGAGCCGUUGUCCAGGGUGCUGAUGUAUCUACCGGCACCGCUGCUGUCCACCGCCUUCGCCACCCUGAUGCUCUACCUCGCGCGGUGUUCGGAGGCGCCGUCGCUCAACAACAGCAUUCUCUCGCCCACCACACUCGUGCUGUCGUCCACGGUGCACAUUGUAUUGUGCGUGUCGCUGCACGUGUCCACGCACGUGCUCGAUUACCAGGACGAGGCGCGGAUCCUACCGCUCAUCUGUCAGUGCAUCUACAUUGUCGUUUGCGUCACCCUGGGCUUAUGUUACAUGUACGUGUACCGCGUAGUACGCUCGCAGAUUCACGUGGCUAGCAACAAGGCGGCGGGCGCGAGUCACAUGAUGGGCGCUGAUCCGACUACCGUAGCGCUCAGUACCGCCAUCACCACGACCAUCGCCACUGCCCUGCUGUUCAUCCUCAUGGGUUUCGUGCAGCUCUAUGGCAUAUUCGGCAUCCAGGAACGCCCGCAGUCGUAUCCGUGGCUCUGGUGGGGUUGGCAAUUCUCGGUCAGACUGCUGGAGCUGUGCGUCUGCGGUCUCCUGGCGUGGGUCGCCAGUCUGUCCCAGUACCCACUGCGCGAAAAGCAGAUGCAGCAGCACUCGGCGCACUCGGGCUUCGCCCUCUUCCCCUGCGGCAGCUCCACCUCCACGGAGAACAUGGACGAUGUGCUUUAUCCUGCUAUAUGUAGCACGAAUCAAGCGAUCCAGAAUUAUACUAUGAGAACGGGAAAGCAGGUUUACGACGACAGUUUCCCGCUGAAUACCCUGCCCGAGCAUUUGAACAUAUCAGGUACCUUCGAGAGACAUUCAAUUCGCAAGUCAGGUACGAUGGGUCACUUUCCUCACGAAGGCCGGGGUUCCUUGAGUCGCCACGGUAAUGGCAUACAAACCCUGAGGAAUUCCGAGACUCGUGGCAGGCACACCCCCGUUCAAGGCCUACAUGAACAAGCUCCAACCAGCGGCUCGACGAUGCUAGUCGCCGAGGACGGUUUCGUUAGGUUCCGGAGUCUUGGAGCGGAGGAGGACGAGUUGUCCGACACGCAGAGCAUGGUCGGCACUCACGGCAGAGGUAGCUCGCUCGCUGGUAGCGUCAGAUAUAACGCGAGGCAUCCGGCGGUUCAGCACCAACACCCCCAUCAGCACCAGCACUCGCAUCCGAGUCAGCAUCAAACUCAUCAUCAGCUUUACAACAACACGUAAAGGCUGUGCCAACGCGAUCACUGGAAUGCGAUUCUCGUUGAUUCGACGUAAUGAUCGUCGUCAAUGAAACAUGGGAUGCACCGCGCGACUCAUGGGAAUCCUCGCCCUCGCAAACUUCGGUCUAAACUCGAGAAUUAAUUUUAUCUCAUACUCUAUGUAAGAUAUGUCCUGUGUAUAGACAACCUAAUUGCCAUUCCCGUGCUCUCCCGCUUCGCAUCGACGUCCGAGCCGAGCCUCUGCCGUGCGAUACCUACGUAUUUAUUUUGAUCCUCGAUAAGCGAGUAUAAAAAGUAUACGGCGAACUCGUUUGGGGUUCCUCUACCUGUAUGUAGGUAGUUCAGGGUAUAUUGAAACUUGAUCUUACAUUAGGCACUUGGUACUUAUUAAGAUUCAUGUGAUUGAGAAAAAAAGUAACGAAAUAAUGUGUCUCUCAAGAAAUAUAUAGGAAAACGCUUCUCUCUGUCACUUGAUUUUACGUUCAAUGUUCAGUACUGAACUCGGCUGUGGAACGUGUAUCAAGGAGGAACAAGUAAUUUUUAAUCGGUUCUAAUGUCACAAGAUCAACGACAUGUUCUAGCGAAUAUUGCUGGUUACUCUCGCUGUCAAAACGAUGGAAAACUGAUAAACGUUGUGUUGUCUUAAUAUUCUUUUUUACAACUGUUUUUUUAUAUAUGUAUUCACUGUUUUACAUGAACGUAUGUACGCGCCAAAGCGCUCCGAGUAAUCACCUGUUUAAUCGGUACUUACCCUUCGUUGAGGCUUCUCGUAAAUUCGACAUAGAAUUCAGCUUUGCGAUCAGCAGAAUGUCUAUUUUUGACAAAAAAAAAAGGAAUUACGUGCGAGGUCCAAACGCAACUCGGGAAAAGCAAUCGCGACUCUCAUUCGGGUAUUCCGAGAUUAGGAUGUGAUUGUAUUAAGCUGAAAAAGCGAUAUUUGUACAGUCGACGAUAAUUUAUCACUCAGUCCAAUUGUACGAUUUAGUUAGCGGCUAAGACUAGAUUUAAGAAUUGCGGAUUACAUUUAAGUUUAGCCAUUAAGUUAGGCGAGUCGCGACUAACGUCAACAGGUUUACAUUUAAUAAAUCGAGAAGGGGAAUAUUAAAAAGACAUAAAAAGAAAUACUAUUACCGAUGUAGAAUAGAUGACAUAAGUGCGAUUUAACGUCACACACACACACAGGCCAGCAUUUUACUUUAUUUUUCAGACUCUAAGGUACAAAAUAGUACUUUUUACCUUUCACUUCGUAUAUCGAUAGGUUUAUAAGCGGUCGCAAUGUAUAUGUUUAUAUAUGGACACUGUAAAUAAGGUAUACGGACUCGUCGUGAGUGGAUCUACUGUUACGAUAGAAUUCGAUUGAAUUCGAUUUCUGUCCGAUGCGUUGAGAUUUACGCGUCUCUUGGUUGUAAAUGCAAGACUUGUAUUUUAAUUUAUGUCAGACGCUGUAUUUAUUAUGCGAAACAUUCCACGACAAGUGAUCAGUGUGAGUGCGCGAUCGAUUUGUGUGGGAUUUUAUUGCAAUUAUAAAUUCAUCUAGGCGCUAAUUGAAACGGAACAAAUGUAAAUAAAAAGCUUUUUUGCGAAAA